AGAGGUGGUUUAUGUUAGACCAAGGGAACGUAGGAAUGAUGUAGGAGGUCUGAUAGAAGCAUGUCAAAUCAGGUUGUUGAAUGAAGCCUUAUAUUUCUUCCCUUAACAGGAAAUCUGAGAAAGGAGCAGUCAGCCAAGAUGUCGGGAGGCGGAGGCGCCGUUCCGAGAAAGGCCCAAACGCUCGACGAUCUUGUCGAGGUCCUCGACAAGCGUGAGAGGGCGCCGAACAAUGUUCCGAAAGUUGAUACGUUCCAUUUCAAAGGGGAACGGGUCUCCGAUUGGCUGGAUUUGGCUAAGCAGGCGCUGGUGGGACUGUCGGAUGUAGUAAAGUUUCAGCGGAUUCUGAGGUACGUCCUUCAUGGACACCAUCAGGAAGUGAGCAAGGUUGUGGAUGCCGCCAAUGGCAGUUGGGCAAGGUUCAAGGAUGGUAUGCAGAGGAAGUACAGGCUGGGAGAUGGCCUGUUGACUACGGCCGAUUUGGAGGCUAUGAACAAAGAUGACUUUACCACGAUUGGGGUGUUCGAGCAGGAGUUCAAGAAGAAGGCGAGGAAGGUGCAUGGGAUUGUCGAAGAAGCACAAUGCGCUAUCUUUUUGGGUUUGCUCACUGCCUCAGAAGCUUCGGAGUUGACGAGCCAUGGAAAUAGAAGUGCGAAGCUCACCUUGGCUACUAUCGACAAGGGAGUGAAGGAUGGAAGCUUGGACCAGGUGGAACAACACCAGAUGCGUUAUGGCAACAAAGCUGAGGUGCAGAAAAAGGUGGUGACCGUGGUCCAAGGUCGGGUGUCAGGGGUGGUGGAUGAGGAGGCCACGCACGAGGACUACGGAGGGGAGGAAACGGGCUCCCAGACCCUUACCAAGGCUCAACGCAAACAGCGCAACCUAUUGAUGGGCGGACAAGGCUCUGGAAAGGGGCAGGCUCCACAAACAGUUGUGGCGCCCCCGACCGCCGCCGCAAGCCCGCCGGCGAGUGAGGGGCCGCCAAGCUUUCCAGCGGCCCAGGGUCAAUUCGUGGUCCCACCUCCGCCCUCGCAGCAGGUGUCGCAGGCUAGCGUGGCCAGAGGAGGGAACCAAGGGCAAGGCGGGCAGGGUAAUGGUGGCCGAGGCCAAGGAGGUCGAGGAGGCGGUGGCCGAGGCCAAGGAAAGAAUGGUGGAGGUUACGGCGGUGGAUGGAAUGGCCAAGGGGGCCAGGACCAAGGAGGCCAAGGAGGCCAGGACCAUGGGGGUCAAGGGUACGGAAAGCCCCGCUUCGAUUGGAGGAAUGCCAUCUGUCGUCAUUGUGGCUAUCAGAGCCACACUAUAGGGUUCUGCCAAGGGCGGCGGGACGACGAGGCCUCCGGGUUGAUCUCCACCAACAUGGAUGGGGAUAUAUACGAUAAAUUUGGAAAGUAUAUUGACCCAAAGACUCCAGGCGGAGUAAGGCAAGAGGCCCAGAGGCGGGCGGCGGCAGGGCCAGCACCCCCAGCGAUGUUCAGAAUGUGGCAGGAAAGAGAAGACCCAGCCGUAAGGGUCGAGGAAAUUAUGGGAGACAGCGAGGAAGUGACUCAGCGGCUAAAGGCAGGAACCGUACAGGAGGAACCAAUAGUCGUCGAGUCAGAUGACGAGGAGUUGGGAGAAGAAAGAGAAUCGACCGUAACCAUCUUGGAGAAGAUGGAGGACUUGCUGGGGAAACCGGGUAGGUAGCAGCAGAAGCUACAGGGUUUGUGUGACGAGACCCGAGAGUGGGAGGCCAACCUCCCCGGAGUCUUCCUUUAUGAGUCUGGGCCCGA